UUUUUUAAUCGGAGCGCCGCGAAUCGGUUGGCGGCUCGAUUAAGCGGCCAAGCGCCGUCGGAUGCAAGGCCGCAGGCUGGAGGUUUGCCGCGCGCGCGCUUCGCCUCUUGAAUAAAAAGCGGCAAAGGCGGCGAAGAUGUCGGUCAGGUUCAUCGUGGCGUUGGCGGCGAUCGUCGUCCUCACGAAAGCCGAAAAGAAGACAACGAUCACCGUCACCCAUGGAGAUUCCGCAAAGAUGGUGUGCAGCUAUGUUGCCUCGGAAAACGUUACUUUCACGCAGAUGGAGUGGAAAAAAAAGGCUAAAGACAGUACAGUGGCGAUACUCAACCCAGACAACAUGAUACACAUCCCGGACAACUACAUAGGACGCGUGACCAUAGGGGUUCUGCACAACAUGGCUUCUGAAAUGUUGAUCAGCAACGUCACCGCAGAGGACGAGGGUGAUUACAAGUGUUCGGUGACUACCUUCCCGCCCAUAGCCAGAGAAAUGCAUUUCACUCUCAAGGUCAAUGCUCCUCAGCCGCCGCCGACGCAGCCCCCGCAGCCGCCGAAUGUGAGCGCCAUCGUUCUGGGGGUUCUUUUCUUGGUCGCGGCAAUCGCCGCGGGAAUUUUUGCCUACCUUUGGAAAGAGAAAGAAAAAAAUGUGAGAAAGACGGAAGACCAUAAUCAACCUCUUCGUGGCCAAGCGACUGCAUAACCACCCUCUGAAACCUGGAUCGUUGCUGCUUUUGCUGAAUCUUCGUUUGUCGCAACCAGGCCAUGGACAAAUACGCAUGUCGUGGUCUACGUGUGUGUGUCUUGUUUCCAACAAACUCGGCCCUGCCGGUAAACCUGUGAGCCUCCAUGCCACUUGUGGUCUUUUAAUCCUUUAUAUUUUGCAAGACUGGUUUCAGAAUCAGUCUUGCUUCAGACUCUCCGUCAACUCUCCGUCAAAUCAUAAUUGUGAUCGUGUCCAAAGCUCAAUCGGCUCUUAUCAUGAGAAAGGUAAUUUAUUUUUUGUAAUCUCUAUAUGUUAUGUAAGACAGUCCCUGGGUUGCAGAGGGGUUAGGUUCCCGAGAACGAUUCGCAACACCAAAUUUUCUGCACGUCCGAAACUGAGCAAUUUCACCCCCCAGAAAUCAAGAUGAAAUCAAGAUAAAAUCCCGUAGCCGAAAUAGUUGUAAAUCACGAAGGACUUCCUUGCUAGAUGAGGAAGAAGGAGAGGCGAUGGGAAUUGCAUCAUCGGGGUCAACAACAGCAGCCAUAAGUUCUAAGGCAGGGCUGCAGAGGGAGCUGCAGCCCUGCCUUUUCACGCCUCCUCGCUCGGCGGUAUUCAUCCGCACGCUCACCGCGCCGCACUACUUUCGCUUGCGUAACUAACGCAAAACAUUUCCACAUGUUGACGUGGUUUAUGGUGAGAUUUUCCGUGAAGUCGGAUUUCUGCAAGUCUGUUCUUCCGCAACCCCGGGUUACUGUGUGUCAUAAGGAUACAAAAUUGCCUUUCGCUUGUGAUUGUAACAGUCAAGUUGUUGCUUCAUAUGUUCUUCGUUCAUUGCUUUAUAAUAGCCUUAAAAGCUUUACGCGCUUGAACAUAUUUCAUAUAUAUUUUUUGUGACCGCAGCUAACCUGACGUUUAAAUUAUUUUUUAUUGCUCUGUGUCAGGGUUGCCAAUCGAGCCAUGUUGUGCCGCUGCAGCGGGUCCGUGUUCGUUCAAAUCGGUGCGUGGUGUGUAUUUUAUUAAAGUCUCGGCUUGCAGUCUCGACGCAGAGUAAUGAGAUUCAAUCAUGAUUAUAAUACACUGUAAGCUUCUUAGAAUGCCUCCGCUUCCAUCCACCUAGCAGGGUAUGCCGCAGUAAGUCGUGGUCAGGUCGAUUUUUCUCCGGGUCCUUCUGUUUUUCCCUAACACAUUUAGAAUCAAUCGUGUUUUGAAGUUUUCGUGACUGCAGGGAUCCACACUCUUUGGUUCUUUCGGUAAAGUUACGUAGGUAGAAAUUAAAUUAAUCACGACGUUUCGAUCAUCAUCAGGUGGGAAGACCACACCCCCCCCCCCUCUCUUACCUAUAUAACCACUUACCACGGCAUUUCUCUCUCACUUCAGCAAAAAAACAUUCUUGCUGUGGUACAUUUAGAAUCAGCAUCGCGCGUUUAAAGUAUUUGGCCACUAUAGUCUUGGUUCUUUCGGUAAAGUCACUUUACCGAAAGAACCAAGAAUAUGAAUCCCUGCAGUCACGAAAGCUUUAAAUCAAAAUUUAUUUGGCCACUAUAAAUGUCCAAACUGCAAAUGUUGCGCAGACUGUGUAGUAGACCGUUGUUAAUGGCAACUGUGCAGGUGUCAACUCUAGAAUGUCUUUGUCUUGUGGGCGAGUUCUCAACAUUUCCCACGUGUCCAGAGUGCCGCAGCGCAAAUUGCUAUCUCGGACUCGGCAGUCGGUCAAUCUCCGUCCAGCGCUGUGGUUUUCACACCUGGUGAUGAUUGCUUGUGUUGCAGUCGAAACGUCGUGAGAAUGUUAUUGUUUUAUAUUUUUAUUAUUUUAUUGUUUCCCUUCUACGUGACUUUACCGAAAGAACCAAGAAUAUGGGUAGCCUGCUGUUAAUAUCUCUGCUGUUGGGCAGCCGUGUUAAUGUAUUUGCCGUUUUUUUUUUAUCUUAUCUCGUUGACGACAGCCUGUGGAUUUUUGUAGUCGUUCCAUUAGUCGGCUUACGGAGCCAGGACGUUUUUUUUCAAGCGCUUGUAUUAAAAAUUUGCAUGAGGGAGCCCCGAAAUUCCCACCCACCACCUUCCCCCCCCCCCCCCCCCCAAAUAAUGCCACCUUGGCACUAUUAUACGGCGCAGGUUACGGGGUGCGUUCAAUGGGCAGUGUGCUCUGACAGCCUGCUGUAUAUUUGGAGUUUGCGAGUCUCUCGUGGCUGCGUGGAUAUUUUUUUCUGGCUCCGGUGUUUUUCCCCUCCACAUUUAGAAUCGACAUCACGCCGUUUGUAAAGUUUUUUUUUUGCCGCUAGAAAUUUCCAACCGAUGAUGAUAAUAACCCCACGGAGUAAAAUAAUGCUGAGUAUAUGCGGUAUAUGAUUUUUCCGCAAAUUUGGCUGUCACCUGAGGAUGCUAGUUGUGUUACUGGUGAAACAUCAUACCCAGAUUUUCAAUGUUGGGACUUUGCUCUCCAACACACUGGUGUGCUGUACUCGUAACGAUUUGGCAUGUUCUGUCUACAUGACAAAACCUGCCUAAUUGGCUGUGUCGGGUGAUGGCGGCUUUAACGACACAUUUAUAUUUACGCGACCAAACCCAUAAAACCUGUAUUAUGGAUGAUAUUGGUCGCGAAAGCCUACGUGUUAAACUGCUGAGUUAAACUCUGCAAAUAUGGUAACGUGGUGCCAACUGUUGGCCUUCCUCAGGCCACUGCAGUUUCUAAUGCCGGCAUUUUUAAGUAUCAUAGUCUGCGUCACAUUUUUAUCCAUUCAUUGUCAUCGUUUACGAAACUUAAAUCAUCAACUGACCCAACAUUUCCCUCGCCAACUUCACGAACGAAAUUGGCACCGCCGAGGCGUUGCUGACGGCGAAUGCGAGUUUUGCAUCGGUGCUUGCGCGCCAAUGGGAAAAUCGCACCAGUCACACGUGAAGUGCACUUGGGUCAUUAGCCCGUCUCAUCCUCUGAUUGCGCAUGCUCGGGGCAUACGCAAAGCCUGCUUUGGGCUACGCAUAGAACAACGGCGGCGUGGUGUUCGCAUGUCGCUGGAUCCUUGCUUAAAUCGGCGUGCCCUCUCGAUGUCUCUUUGUUAGCACGUGUGAUUCGGCAUGUCGUUUUGACGUUUCUCUCCCCGUGCUGGCAGCUUCAUUGUCGCAAAAGCUCACGCAGUAGCAGUAGCAGCAGCGCAGUUAUCGUAAACUCCUGUGCAAUAUUGCUAUUAGUGUUGCUUAACAAUGUAAGAUUUUAAUGCAGUGUAGCUACCGUUAGUCUCCGCUUCUGUGCAAGGUGCAGCAGAGCGUUGUAUUCAAUAUCCGUCAAUUAGACGUAGAACUUUUUAACACUUUUAAUUCAGGACGGAGAGUUGUCUCUAGGACACCAAGUUUUAAAUUUGCUUAGUGCUCGUGGCUGUGGCACGUGGGGCUUGUAAGCCAGCACUGGAGGUGUGCGAGGGGGUUGGUGAAUCACACCCACAAAUGUUGUUAAACGCCCUUCCCGUUCGCGUCGAUGAUGAGCCAUAACUGCCUUCCCAGGGGCCAGAUGGUGCAGAAUACUGUGUGGGCUCUUGUCAUCUGUCCCUGCUGCGUGGGAUAGUGUCGCCUUCCUUCACACGCGUUGACUUUUCUCCGGGCUCCCCGGUCUCCCACGUAUCAACACUCAUCAAUUGGCUGAAAAUAUCUUAAUAUACAGGGGAACUGCAGAGCUUGGGCGAUUGUUCGUAGAAGCAGCUCAGCCGCCUGGCUGCUCGUUUCAGCUCGUCCUCUGGUUCGUGAGAGAUGCUAUAUAUAAACAUAUAAGCAUAAAUACAUAGUCUCGAUUUAAGCUGAACACAUUGGUCAGAGAGUCCAUUUGAUGUCAGUCGCAAUUAGUGAUGCGGUGAAAUCUCUCGAAUCUGAUUUUUUUUUUGGGGGGGGGUGGGUGGGAAACCUGCUGUGAAAUGGUUCUGGCAUGCCUCAAUAUGAUAAUUGCAAAUGCUUAUUAAAUGAAUAAUACUUAUUUUAAAAUAUAUAUACUUUCAGGGAUACUUUUAACUUCAAAAAAUACAUUUAAUUACCGCUUAAUAACAAUUACGUUGGGAUCUCUCCUCCAGUCCCUUUGAAUCUCGCCGCCUGACUAAUCGCCUUUGAGGCUUUCCUGCACCAAUCGGAGGCCUUGGCUGACUUUCUGACUGUCCGUUCACAUGUACGCUUGUUAGGCAAGUGUGGCCUGUUGCCUCGGUCAUUACACGUGUAAAAGAAAAAAUACAAUAACCUGUGGAGUCCAAAUGAAAUUGUUCGUUUUUAUUUUGAUACAACAGAUAAGUCGCUUGAGAAUGUGUCAGUGCACACAAUCUCCCUUAUAGUUUUGAUUUAAAAUUAUAAAAAAAUAUCCCACCCCCCAAUUGAAUUCUGGCUUUUACCCCCCCCCAUAUUCCUGCCUUGUCAAGACCGUUUUCGUGAGUUUUUACUCUGGUGAUCGCAGAGAGACGGUCACGGGAUGAGUUGCUGAUAUAGCCACAUGUCAGGCUUAUGAAAAUCCCCCGAGAAAAUAUUGGCACGUCCGUCUUGCGAUGAACAUUUCACGCGGUCGAUUGAGUGAGACGGCACCGCCCGCUACCGUGUGGCCUGGACCGGUGCGUCGCCUGUAGGAGGGAAGGAACCUCAAGAGGGUAGCUCUGUGAUAUCCGCUUCCGCAGGUCGUUCUCCAAACGCGGAAUGGGUCGCACAGCUUUGUGAGAGUUUUCGAGAGCGAGAGAAAACAAAUUCCGUCUCGUGAUGAUGUAACCGCUGAUGGAUAAAAUUAGGGGGGGUGGAACUUACGAAAAUAUGAACCAAAAGUUCUAGAAGUUGAAGGAUGGAAUUGAUCGAUCACUCGGCCAGGUUGCAGGCUAUGCUUAAGAGAAUGGAUCCACCAGUAGUGAACCCUACAAAGUGUUUUAGUCCGGUGGGUUGAGGGCAAGUUUGCUGAAUGCACGUGUGACAAGUUGCAAAAAAAACAACGUUUUCAAAGCACUUAAACUAUCAUCGUGUAUUGCUAGUAAAUGAUUUUAAACAUCAAAAAA